UUUCCCAAAUGCAACCAAUAGAAUCAAACUCACUCUACCCUUUCUGCACUUGAAUUAUCCUGAAGGACUAAAAUCCAUCUUCACCAAGGCUUGCUUCUUUCGCGGGAUUUAAUUCUUGGUUCCAAAGACCAAAUUAGCAUUAAUGUCAAGCUGAAUUAACAUUUUUCCAGGACAGGUUUCAUUUAACUCAAGUCGGAUUUUCAAGAAAUGGCUUCAUUCCAGCUUUAUUGCUCUUCCAUGGCUAUUUCACGUUUGCAACACCAGGAUGGCCUGUAUUGCCUAAAACCAGUCACAGGAAGCAAAUAUACAACUGAUUUCAUCUCGUUCAGUGUAGCUCAAAGUUUGCACUGGAAUUGCAAGACCAAUGGCACUAGAUCUGCAUUAUUGUCAGAAGGAAGUGAUUUCACAUUGCAUAAUGGAAGCAUUACUGAUGCAAGUCAAGGUGACCUUGUCAAUGAGUGCACACAACCUGAUACUGUAGCCUUUGGAACCCUGGCAGAAGAAAUAACUCCUAAUACAAUUGGGUAUUUUACUACUGAUGAUGAAUUUGACUUGGAUCGUCCAACUGAAGGAUUUUCAUCCAUACCAGAAGCAAUUGAAGACAUUCGUCAAGGCAGGAUGGUAAUUGUUGUGGAUGAUGGAGACAGGGAAAAUGAGGGGGAUUUGAUUAUGGCGGCAUCAAUGGUCACACCUCAAGCUAUGGCAUUUAUUGUAAAGCAUGGGACUGGAAUAGUUUGUGUGAGCAUGAAAGGAGAAGAUUUAAAGAGGUUGGAACUUCCACUUAUGGUGUCACAGAAUGAGAAUGAUGAGAAACUCAGUACAGCUUUUACUGUCUCAGUGGAUGCAAAACAUGGUACGACAACAGGUGUCUCAGCUCAGGAUAGAGCAACAACGGUACUAGCUCUGGCAUCCAUAGUUUCGAAACCUAAGGAUUUCAAUCGCCCAGGACAUAUCUUUCCGCUCAAGUACAGGGAAGGAGGGGUGCUCAAAAGAGCUGGUCAUACAGAAGCUUCCGUGGAUCUUGCUGUAUUAGCUGGCUUAGACCCUUGUGCUGUUCUCUGUGAGAUAGUGGAUGACGAUGGUUCCAUGGCCAGGUUACCAAAGCUUCGCCAGUUUGCACAAGAAGAAAAUUUGAAGAUUAUCUCUAUUGCUGAUCUGAUAAGGUUUCGCAGGAAACGGGACAAACUGGUCGAGAGGGCUGCUGUAGCAUCAAUACCAACAAUAUGGGGACCUUUUAAUGCAUAUUGCUUUAAGUCUCUCUUGGAUGGGAUUGAGCAUAUUGCCAUGGUCAAAGGUGAAAUCAGAGAUGGGCAAAAUAUUCUUGUGAGAGUACAUUCGGAGUGCCUUACUGGUGACAUAUUUGGCUCUGCCAGAUGUGACUGUGGUAACCAGCUUGCUCGUGCAAUGGAGCAAAUUGAAGCAGCCGGUAGGGGUGUGUUAGUGUAUCUCCGUGGCCAUGAAGGAAGGGGAAUCGGUUUGGGGCACAAGCUUCGUGCUUACAACCUGCAAGAUGAUGGGCGUGAUACAGUAGAAGCAAAUGAGGAGCUCGGUUUACCUGUUGAUUCCAGGGAGUAUGGUAUUGGUGCUCAGAUAUUGCGAGAUCUUGGUGUUCGAACAAUGAAGCUGAUGACAAACAACCCUGCAAAAUAUGGUGGUCUCAAAGGCUAUGGUCUUUCAAUUGCUGGAAGAGUCCCACUAUUAACUCCAAUAACUAGAGAAAAUAGUAGAUAUCUGGAGACCAAGCGUGCAAAGCUGGGGCAUGUUUUUGGAACGGAUUCAAAUAGUCAUGGCAAUGGUAGUACCAGCGAGACAGCUUAAGGUAGCGUUUAUUGUAUUUGUAUGGUAUGGUUUGGACUCGAAGAAAACGUUACAAGUAAUGCAUCUUUGUUUGAGCAUUUUAGUGGUUAGAUAUCAUAUCAGGAGAGCGUUUGUACCGUGGAAUUGGGUUGAAAUUUUGAUCAUUUUUAGGCUUCGAGAUUUUCAAUUAGUAUUAUUCAUGGAACCCACGUAAACAGUAAUAAUUGAAUGUCCCACCUCUAUUGUUGAA